AUGGCGGCAACUGCUCCUGCCAAGCCACCUGCACCGAAAAGGCGCAACAGAAAAAGAAAAAGACGGGCAGCAUCUUCGUCUUCCUCCUCAUCGUCAUUCUCAUCCCCCUCGGAAGACGAACCUGAGCCAAAAGAACCCAUCCCAGCACCAUCAGAAUCUUCAUCGUCAUCAGAAUCCGACUCUGACUCUGACUCCGUCCCUACCAGAGGACGUCCUGAACCUACCAAAAAUGUCGCAGAGCUUCCUCGUGUGCAGACAAGACAAUUGCCUUCACCAUCACCGCCUCCAACUGCGAUUCCUUCCUUCAUACCCGCUUCGGGAACUGCUCCAGCUAAUGAACAAGAGUUAAAGGCAAGAUUCAGGAAAUUUUGGAUGGCCUCUGUGGCUGAUGGCUUCCGAGAUGAUUUGGAAGAAAUACGAAAGGAACCUAACCUUGGGGCCGCUCGUCUCUCUCUACUCAUCGAUUCUUUGGCCUCUGGCGCCGAGGUGUUCACGUCCACGUCUUCGAAGACUUCCACCAAUGAGAUGCAACUUGUCUUGGAAUAGAGUGCGUUAUGCUAUCUUUUGGGUCGGUUUACUUCUUCUAACAGAUGACAGAGGGCAAUUAUAUUUUUGGGCAGGCGACAGACUCACCGUUGACG